UGGGAGGCAGGCAGUUCGGGCGUUCGGGCCGGCCGGGGGGCAUGCGGGCCGAGCCCGGGCCAUGAAUUGCCUCCGACAGCGACAGGCGCUCCGGCCGACGCCGCUGCCGCCGGAGAAGGCGAUGCUGGUGCCCCCGCUAGGUGCCGCCCCGGGCUUGUCUGUGAUGCAACCAAGUACAGGGACUUCUGAUGAAUUAGAAAUCAUCGAAGAGCUAAUCAAGGAAGAUGGCUUCGAGGCAGGCCCUGCCUCACUCCCAGCCAAGCUCUCCCUCAAUGGCCCGACCCGGCUGGUCCCGCGGUGCUCCAACGGCGGGAUGCAGAGGCCGGCCGAGCCCGUGGGGAAGAACCUGCUGCAGCUCGGCCUGCAGCCCUACGGGCCUCCCCGCCUCCCCGCCUCGCCCGCCCCCCAAGAUCGCUCAGCGUCCCAGCUCUCGCAGAACCUCAGCAGCCUGACGCUGCGGCCCCAGGUGGUCCCAAGAGGGACACCCUCCGCUCUCCUGCCCGGCGGGGGCAGGCUCGCCGACGGCCCCUGGGCGCCCCCCGCCCCCGCGAUGCAUCCCGCGAUGCUGCAGGAGCCGCUGCAGGACGUCCUCCUGGAGCCGCCCCGGCUGGUCAUCACGGAGCAGCCCAAGCAGCGGGGGAUGCGCUUCCGCUACCAGUGCGAAGGCCGGUCCGCCGGAAGCAUCUUGGGGGAGUGCAGCACGGACACCAACAAGACCCUGCCGACCAUCGAGCUGCAGAACUUUACAGGGAUCUCCGAAGUGAAGGUGACGGCCUGCUUGGUGUGGAAAGACUGGCCCCACCGAAUCCACCCCCACAGCCUGGUAGGGAAGGACUGCCACAACGGACUCUGCGAAGUGACACUAAAGCCCCGGGUCAACCCAAAGCACAGUUUUAACAACCUUGGGAUCCAGUGUGUGAAGAAGAAGGACAUAGAAGAAUCCAUAGAGAAAAAGCUGCAGCUUGGGAUUGAUCCUUUCAAAGCGGGAUCAUUAAAAAAUCACCAGGAGGUUGACAUGAAUGUGGUCAGAAUUUGCUUCCAAGCAUCCUACCAGGACAGCAUGGGAAAGACACAGAACCUCAAACCCGUUCUCUCAGAACCCAUCUUUGAUAAGAAAUCCACAAACACAUCAGAGCUGAAAAUAUACCGGAUGAAUAAGGAGUAUGGGAGUUGCACAGGUGGAGAGGAGCUGUACCUGCUGUGUGAUAAGGUCCAGAAAGAAGACAUUUCUAUCAUCUUCCGGAAAGACGCGUGGGAGAGCAAGGCUGACUUCUCCCAAGCAGACGUCCACCGGCAGAUCGCCAUCGUCUUCAAGACACCGCCUUACCAGCACCUGGACAUCGUGGAACCGGUGGUGGUGGAGGUGUAUCUGCGCCGCUUGACUGACAGUGUCUCCAGUGAGGCCUUCAACUUCAUCUACCUGCCCAAAGACAACGACACGUACAGGGUCAACAAAAAGAGGAAGCAAGGCAUGCCUGAUGUCCUGGAUGAGCUCUCCGGCCCAGAUCCACAUGGGAUUGGGGCCAAGAGGAAGAAGAAGAAACUCGGCUACCUGGACCAUUUCGAAUUUCCCAAUCUCUCGGCAGCUGGCUCCUUGCCGUGUCCCGAAGACAGGCCUUUCAUCAGCAGCUUGGAGCGCAUCACUGUGCCGGACCUGUUCGAGGAAUACAGCCUCGCUCCAGACUUCUCUUCCUACAGUGGGCCCAGCUUGAGCGACGUUCUGCUGCCCUCGCCCAUGGACUUUCCUGAUGCCGCCGGUCAGGAGCUCCUGCUCGAAACGUAUGCAGCCCAGUCGAGCGCGUCCGCCCCCUUCAUGCUCUCCGGGGGUGGCGAGCAGGAGGGCACCGCUAGCUUGGUGGGGAGCAGCAUGUUUCCCAGUCAGUACAAAGAGGCUGAAGCACGGCUGGAAAUUGAGACCACGCUCAAGGCGGCAGACGCCUCUGUGGCUUUGUGAAGGGACGUGGCUCCCCUGCCGGCUCUGAAGGAAAAGGCUUAACUCCCGCUUUGAAGUCAGCUGGCAGCUGGGAGCUCUUUGCCAAAGCCAAGUUCCCUGCGGACAAACUGAAGGGGGAGGAAAUACGAUGGUCUUUGUGAGGCCUCCCUGGCACACGUCCUCCUGGGGGACUGACAUGCAGUGAAUCAGAUGGAAGGAAAAAUUGCACUAAUACCAGGAGGGUGGGUGGGGCAGCCCUUGGGACUGGCCCGAGACCCCCCUGCAUUUCUUAGAAUCAUGGAAGAAGCGGAGGCUUCCCCCCAACUUGAUGAUUACAUGGAUCCACUCUUCAGUCUUUUCUACUUCGCCCUGCUUGCCUUCAGUGCCUACAUAGAACCUACAAGAACGAGAGAAGUAGCCUUAAGCUGGUGGAAUAGCUCAGGUGCUCUGUCUCCUUAUAAACACGUGACUUUGUGCUCCAUAAGGUUUUACCUUUCAUUGAACUUUGGAGGGCGUGAGAUCUAUGAAGCACUGGCUUGCCAAGGUUUUCCUCAAUGCUUUUGAAAACUUAAAAAAUAAUAAUAGUCAAGAGAUGCCAAGGUGUGAAUCAGGAACCUUUAUGUGCAGUGAAAACGUUGGUGCCUUUGCCAAGGUGGCAGGAUCGCUCCCUGUUAACAUGUCUUAUAGGAAGCAGGUCUAAAACCUAGGGCACAUUUGGACAAUUUGGACACAGGCGGCCGACUCAGCUGCCUUGUGCGGCCAGGAAAAACAGACCAUCUUUCACCUUUCUGAAUUGCAUCCCUGAAUUCCUUUUUUUAGUCCAUAUGGUCAGCAUUUUCAUGCACAUUUUCAAAUGUAGGCAUUUCUUCAAAUCUACGCAUUUGGUGUGUAGUUUUGCAAAUGUACUGCAUUUCCCCUUAAUUGAGGCAUAUGCCUGUGCCCAUGUUUUGCAAGUGCGUGCAUUUUUGAAAAGGGCUACAUUUUUGUAUGCAUUUCUCUUUCUUUCAUGUGAACCACAUUGCAAGCUCUGGAUGUGUAUGGAUUUGGACAGCAAGCUGCAUCCUGGUUUGUAUUUAGGGUUGGCAAGUGCACAGACAGCUUUGAGAAAAUGAAUUUCUUACCCAUCCCUGCCCCAUGUGACACUUUGGGGCCUAGACACUUGCUUUUUAAAUUCUUACAAAGAUAGUGACUUCUCUUCCCAAUGCCAGAUUUCUGCUCUGUGCAGAAUUAUUGAAUGCUCACAGCCUCUGCCAGGGCUCUGACAUUCUGAGUGCGCGACACGAGGAUGUGGAACCAGGAGAUUCUAAAGUGCCUUUUCUAUUCAGGCAGCUUGCCUGAGAUUAGAGGUCCUGGGCGACCUCAGCGGACAGCUAAAUUUAAUGACUGGGGCACCGUGUCAUUAAAUCGCCGUGUCCUUGUCAUUCACACCGGGUGUACGUUUCUUUGCUCAUCAUACCUGAACUUGGACUGGGGGAAACAGGCCAGAGGAGCUGAAUUCCCUUCUCUCCACUAUCUUAUCUCCUGCAUCUGGCACUGCUUCCCUCCCACCGGCCCUCUUUGCCAAGACUGGCAUGGGGGGAAAGGGUUUUUGCUGGUGAAGACACACACCUUCUAUGUGCUCUGUGCAGACCCAAGGGAAGGUUCAGCUUCGUAUUCCCAAACAGCCCAUUUCGUGUGCAGAGAAGAUCCCCUGCUUGACACAUGGGUAAGGCAGACGGACAGGUGAAUGCCCCGACUUGGCUGCCUGUUGCGUAUGGUCUGUACCAUCACCUAGGGUACCUUCAGAGGGAUAAAUGCAAGGCUGGCAUGGUGCUGGAGUAAGGCUUCCUGAAAUUUGACCCAGAAGCCCAACACUACUUUGCUUCAAAGUAGUGAUGAGGCGCUCAGACAGGAAGGCCUUAAAUCUUCUCUUCUCUUGGAAAAGAGGAAAGAUCUGUAGGAAGCAUUUCACUUUCUUCAGUUGGUCGAGAAUGAAAUAGAUUCUAAACAUGGUUCUCUCUCAGGCUUGCCUGUGUUGCGCUUUUCUUUUCAAACUUUAGGGUACGUUACCAUCCCUUCUACUGGCAAAUAUGUUGAAAUUUUAAAGGUUUCAGUGCCUGCCUUCAAAGAAUUCUUCUAACAAAGAAAAGCACUUAAUUUCCCGAUUGUUACUUAUCACUCUAACAUUGUUCUUCAUCUUGGAAUGAGGUGGAUGUUGGAUGGAUCUUGUUUGUAGCAGAAUUGUUCCCUGAACAAUGUACCUUACCCCCCAACACCAAGCUUUCCCUGGGCUUGUCAUUCCUAGCUAUGUAUUACUGGAUUAAUUUUAGUCCUGUAACCUGUGUCAAGGCUCAGCCCUGGAAAGAUGUGAAAUAAUAAAGCAAGCAGUGCCUCUGA